CGCUGCCGGCGAGCAGGUGACACCGCGGGCUGCCCUGCGCCGUGUGCGCGGCAUGUGCGCGCCCGCUUAGCGCGGGCUGCCCCCAUGGGCAGCGGCGCCGGCUCCUUCCUCUGCCCCCCGUCUCUGGAAGUGCAGGCAGGAAACGCUCCUCAUGUCUCCCAGAUAAAAAUAAAAGCGACUCCCUCCUCCCGGCCGCAGAGUGCCCCCGCGAUCGGCCAGACGCGGGGCUGAGCCGGCCCCGCCGCCCGGCAGCGCCUUUCCCCGCCGCCUGGAGCGCCUCUCCCCGCCGUCGCCCGCCCCAUGGAUAUCGCAACAGGUCCCGAGUCCUUGGAAAGGUGCUUUACGCGGGGCCAGUCGGACUGCUCAAAGAUGCUGGACGGUAUUAAAAUGGAAGACCACCCUCUGCGCUCGGGUCCGGCCACGUUAGGAGUGCUGCUGGGGUCGGACUGCCAGCACCAGGCCGUCUGCGAGGGCUGCCAGCGGCCCAUCUCGGACCGGUUUCUGAUGCGGGUGAACGAGUCCUCCUGGCACGAGGAGUGCCUGCAGUGCGCGGCGUGUCAGCAAGCCCUCACCACCAGCUGCUACUUCCGGGACCGAAAGCUCUACUGCAAGCAGGACUACCAACAGCUGUUUGCUGCUAAGUGCAGUGGCUGCAUGGAAAAGAUCGCCCCAACAGAAUUCGUGAUGAGAGCCCUGGAGUGUGUUUACCACUUAAGCUGCUUCUGCUGCUGUGUCUGCGAACGACAGCUGAGGAAAGGGGACGAGUUUGUUCUUAAGGAAGGGCAAUUGCUCUGCAAAAGUGACUAUGAAAAAGAGAAAGACUUGUUGAGCUCGGUCAGCCCAGACGACUCAGACUCAGUUAAAAGUGAUGAUGAAGACGGAGAUGUUAAGCCCACCAAAGGACAAGUAACACAAGGAAAAGGAAGUGAUGAUGGGAAGGACCCAAGAAGACCUAAACGACCGAGGACAAUACUUACUACGCAGCAGAGACGAGCAUUCAAAGCAUCCUUUGAAGUGUCUUCCAAGCCCUGUAGGAAGGUCAGAGAAACACUAGCAGCUGAAACAGGACUCAGCGUGCGAGUUGUCCAGGUCUGGUUUCAAAACCAAAGAGCAAAGAUGAAAAAACUAGCACGAAGGCAUCAGCAGCAGCAGGAGCAACAAAACUCGCAGCGACUAGGGCAAGAAGUAAUGUCCAACCGAAUGGAAGGGAUGAUGACAUCUUACACGCCACUUGCACCGCCACAGCAGCAGAUUGUAGCAAUGGAUCAAAGCAGUUAUGGCACAGACCCAUUUCAGCAGGGUCUUACCCCUCCACAAAUGCCAGGCGACCACAUGAACCCUUAUGGAAACGACUCCAUUUUUCAUGAUAUCGACAGUGAUACCUCUUUAACUAGCUUGAGCGACUGUUUUCUUGCCUCUUCCGAAGUUAACUCCAUGCAGGCUAGGGUAGGAAAUCCCAUUGACAGGCUGUACUCUAUGCAGAGCUCCUAUUUCGCCUCAUGAAAAUAAAAGAAAACAAACCGCCGGCGUAUAUUUAGCCAGUGACUUUUUCCAGUGCAGACUCUACAGCCAUAUGUUGCCCAGCUCUUCCUUCACAGUGACUCCUGCUGCCUCUGGACUGCAAAGAGCAUUUUUUAGGAAGACUGUAUCUGUGUGCAUAUAUGUGUAUGUAUGUACAUAUAUAUUAAUACCUACCUACAUACAUACAUAUAUAUAUAUAUAAGCAAAACGCAUCCACCAGUCCCAUCCCCUUGAUUCCCAGCUUGCACCAGACCACGAGACAAGCACGGAAUGAACAGAAGACCCUGCUCGUCAGAAGCCUUUGGUUUGGUUUGAGCUCAUCGUUGUACAGGAAAUGGAUUUUGCGGAAAGCUAGACCUUUUCCUCCUUUCUCUCUUCCUUUCUUUUGGAUGUUUAAGCUUUGUUUGUUUUGUUUGGUUUUUUUUAAAGCCACUGAUACUGACAUCAGUCGACCAUAUGACAAAUAAAUCAAGGAAACUGGAGAUUCCUCCCUUUUCUUACUGCAUGAUUCAUACUAUGUUGUGGAUAAAUUGCCAUUUGAACUGUGAGAAGUUAAUGUAAAUGUGACGUUCAACAUUUGUUUCCUUUCUACACUUUUUCUACAUAACCUAGAUCUGCUCAUUAGUUUAUAGCCCUUAUGCAUAUGAUACUGAGGAAACUGGUUAACAGUAAUACUUUUGGAGAAAGCCAGUGAUUUCAUAAUAAGAAAGGUCUAUGACCCUGGAGAGGAGAUGCAUGUUAGGGACAGAGGCAUUUAGGUUAGUAUUGAUCUUAAAUAAUUAAAACUAAAGGUGCUUACAAGACAGUUUUAUUUAAUUCUCUUUUUUGAAGUGUGAGAAUAAACCAUUUACAUUUGUCUGGAAGUACUGCAGUGCCAAAUUCAAGUCUAGACCAUGACUGGCAAACAUGUGUUGUUCAUUCUGUUCUGUUUAUUUAUGUUUUGCAUGAGGCAUAAAUGUGC